GGGCUAAAGGGUAGAGGGAGGCGGUGUUCUAAUGACAGCAGCCGCUGGGCCACUCCUUUCAGCUGAACGUUUGGAGGCUAGGGGCGCUCUUCUCUGUCUCAUUAAAAAAGCCAAAGGGCGGCGUUGGCUGCUGAAAGCCUGACGGCCGGGUACUCGGGGCUCUUUCAGAGUCAGGCAGGGUCUGCGGCCGCACUUGUUGCCGAGGCCUGCGUAGCCCGCAGCCACCCCGGGACGCACACACUCCGUGCGCCCCUCUCCAAAAGGCGGCGCAGCGCGGUGCGCUGCAGGGAAUCCCCAGCUGCGGUGGGCCGGCAUGGUGAAUUUAAUUGAGCUCAGCCGCAGUUAGAAGGUCAGCGAUCCCUUCCCGCCGCUGGGCUUCGGAGGAGAUGGGGCGCUACUCGGGCAAGACUUGCAGGUUGAUCUUCAUGCUGGUGCUCACCAUCGGCUUCUUCGUGGCUGAGCUGGUGUCGGGCUACCUGGGCAAUUCCAUCGCUCUUAUCUCGGACUCUUUCAACAUGCUGUCCGAUCUGAUCUCGCUCUGCGUGGGACUCACCGCCGGGUUCAUCGCUCGCCGCCACACCCGAGGGGCCCGAGCCACUUACGGCUACAGGCGAGCGGAGGUAGUGGGGGCAUUGAGCAACGCGGUCUUCCUCACAGCCUUGUGUUUCACCAUUUUCGUGGAGGCCAUCCUGCGCCUGGCGCGGCCAGAGCGUAUUGAUAAUCCAGAACUAGUGCUCAUCGUAGGGGCCCUGGGACUGGCGGUCAACCUGGUGGGCUUGCUGAUCUUCCAGGACUGUUCCUCCUGGUUCACCUGUGGCCGCCGCCGGCGACGUCUGGAUGGCAGCAAAAAAAGUCCCUCGGCACCUCCGGAGGCAAUAAGCGCGCAGCAGCAGCCGCUGUCUGUGCCAACUGCUGGGGUACCGGGUUCGGAUUCGGCCCUAACUCUCCGGAUGGCCUCCGACCCCCAGAAGGCGGAGAAAGCGGCGACUCUGCAGCCGCGUGAAGCAGGUGAUUCUUUUAACACCCAGAAUGAACCUCAAGAGGAGACUAUGAAAAAAGAGAAAAAGUCGGAAGCCCUGAAUAUCAGAGGUGUUCUGUUGCAUGUAAUGGGAGAUGCACUGGGAUCUGUGGUUGUAGUAAUUACUGCUAUCAUAUUCUAUGUGCUUCCUCUGGAGGGAGAUAAACCAUGUAACUGGCAGUGCUACAUUGAUCCAAGCCUUACUAUUAUCAUGGUCAUCAUCAUUUUGUCAUCUGCUUUUCCACUCAUCAAGGAGACGGCAUCCAUCUUACUACAAAUGGUUCCUAAAGGUAUCAAUUUGGAAGAAUUGGUGGGCAAGCUAUCCAAUGUACCUGGUGUUAGCAGCAUACAUGAAAUGCACAUCUGGGAACUUGUAAGUGGGAGGAACAUUGCCACUCUCCACAUCAAGUGCCAAAAGAGCAAAGAUUACCAAGAUGCCAAUUUUAAAAUGCGAGAAAUUUUCCACAGUGCAGGGAUCCAUAAUGUAACCAUCCAGCCAGAAUAUGUGGACCAGAAGGAAUCCUUGGAGCAGGACUGGAUGCUCCUCUGUAACUCACCGUGCAUCUCCAAAGCAUGUGUGAAUCAUCUCUGUUGCCCUCCAGAGAUGCAGUCCCUUACUCACAUCAAUGGUUGUGCAGAACCCAAUGGUUGUCCUCCAACUGCAACAUAUAGAAGUGAUGGCUUAAGUCGAAAUGACACAGCUGCAGUUAUCAUCGAAGCGGAAUGUCAUUGUGACAGUGGGCCAGCCGCUAAAGAGAAACAAGGAGAUCUGAUCUUUGUCAAUAGUACCCAUUUUUAAUUUGAUCUCAGCUUUGAAAGUCAACUGAUUGAAAAAAGCAGCUUAACCACCAGUCAGCUCAUGCUUAUCCUUGUGGGACAGAUUUCCUGAAUGAUGACCAAUAACCAAAAUUAGCAAUGUAAUAAUGUGUUAAAAUAAGGGAUGAAGUCCUUUUAAAAAUUUUUGGCAAUUUUAAGAUUCAUAAGCUCUUCCUACCCUACCCUACUUAAACUAUACAGAUGAAUAUUGUUAACCUGUUGACCUAUUCAUGUGUUUAUCUGAGCAUCUUCCCUUUAGUCAAGAACAUUAGUUUGAACAUUUAUUUCCUGAAGUCAAUUGAAAAAGUGUAGAGACAGUGUGAACUAGAGAUUAAUUCAAUAUUUUUGGAGGACUGGGAUUUGAAUAUUCUCUCCUUACCUUGACCCUUUUUUAGGAAUCAUUUUUGACUGAGUUCUUUUAGUUUACUCUGAGGUGAACUGAUAGAUAAUAUAAGCUUUUCUGUUGUGCUUUCCUGAAUCGUCAAUAAUGAAUUUCACAGUUGUGUUAUAUUCUGUCCUUCCAUCUCUUUUACAUCUUCUCUUUGAUAGAGAAUAAAAUGGGGACUUAAUAAGCUGGAAAAGAUUCUCAGGAACAGUAGAAGGGAUCGUUGAGUUCAACAAAAGAAAUUUUUUUUUCUUUAUAAUAUAUUUGCUUCAGAGGUGGAGGGAAAAAAAAGUGAUUCUCUUUCUUUCUUUCUUUUCUUUUUUUUUUUUUUAUGAAGACAACCACAGCUAUAGGGUCAGGAAAUAUUGAGUAAAGUUUUUUUCACUUAACAUUGCAGGAAAAUAAAGUCAUAUUUGAGGCAGCAUGCAUUUCUUGUUUUCAACAGUCAAUCCAUUUGGAGCUGCUCUCAUUUAUUUCUUUGGCCAAGUCCUACUUGUUCAUCUGAAGUGAUUCCACAGUGCAGGGAUCCAUGCAUAUGGGUCACAUUACACAUGUCUUGACUAGGAGAAGAUAGAUAUUAUCCAGAUUUUAAGAUAUAAAACAUUUUAGUUUUCAUUCCUACUGAAUAAAUAAGCUACCUUGUAGUUUCAUGCCCAGUUUAGAUGAUUGUUUUUCCUUUAAUUACACGUUUUCACAUAUUUAUUUUAACUUCACAUUUUAGCAAUUAGAUAGAAAAAGAUGUUAGCAGGGAAAAAUCAGAUAUAUUAAUUUCAAUUUUGAAUAUAUUCUGAGGGGUUUGAAAUUUUCUUUUGUUUCUGAACCUCUAAUCAAAUUGAAAUAGAUACAAUUAAAAUAGGAUUCCAAUUUUAUUAUUGUUGAAAGCCACUCCAAGGUGGUAAUUAUUAUUCAAAAUAUCAGUAUUUUUAUGGGGUAUAAAGAUAAGGACAGUGUCUCACUAAAGUUUUAGGAAUUAGAUAAGCUUACAGCUUCCCAGGACAUGACAGGUUAGAUGAAAGAUGAAACUUUUUUUGGCAAUUUAAAUGAGUCCUCUUAACUAUGCACAAAAAAAUCUCCUGUAAUGCAAAGUUGGUAAAGGUUAUAGCUUUUCCAAUUUAAUAUAGCAUAUUUCCUAUUAGUGAGUUUUAGAGGCAGGAACAAUUACACUAGUGCAUAUAAAAUAAUGGAAUUGCCCAUUUGUUACUUCUUGAAAAAUAUAUCUUAUUUUUUCACGUCUUCUGUCAUGAGAGAGAUAAAUUGAAAACUGUCUGCAUGGGUUUUUAUCCUCCAAAGAGUAUUUCUACCCUUUUGGUAGAGAUGGCAGUAUGCACUUUAUAGCUUUCAAAAAGUUUGUUUAGCAAAAUUGAACUUUUAAAAAAAUGUAAGAGCAUGAUACAAAUGGACACAAAUUAGAGAAACCAUAUGAAGUUGAUAGUGCUAAUAUUUUGGACACAUUCUGCUACUUUAAAUAUUAUUCACAAGAGUGGCAAGCCUGCAACCAAAGAAACAACUGGGCUUAUUAAUUUCAAUAAGAAUUUAACAUUUCCAACAUUCUGUCAACACUGGUGUGAUACAGUUUUAUGUGAAAAUUGUAUUAAUAUAUUGUAUUUUGGCUUGCAUCCAAAUAGUUUUUAAAAUUAUAUGUGUGUAUAUACAUAUACAUGUGUUUAUGUGUGUACAUAUAUAUGUAUAUAGAUAUAAAUUCUGUGGGAAACCUAUUUUGAAAUGUAAGGGAAAACCCUUUCUCCAAGAUAGUUAAGUACAUCUUAAGAAAAUAUCUCCCAUUCCUACUACUAAAAUUAAACAAUUUAUUAACAAAUAUUAAUGCACUGCUUCUAUUCAGUUUGAUACAUAUUGACUGAUUGAUACUAUCAAGAAUGCUAAAUAGUUGGACAAUAGGACAAUAAUGAAAUACAUUCUUUUACAUUUCUGAUUAAAUAAGAUUUUUUUUUCUGAUGUAGUAAAACAUUGCACUUAAUAUUUCUCUAUUUGUCUGACUUUCCCCUUCUCCACUUUGUACCUCUACCUUUAUAUGUAGGAGAAUUUUCCUCUAAUCUUGAUAGAGAUUCCCCAUCCUACUUCCAUCUGCUGAACUAUCCCUGUCAACAGCAACAAAACACUUCCUUAAAGCCAGGCAAAUAUCUCUCAGUUUGAUUUUUUUUCUUGUCUAGGGCAAUACCUGAAAAUGAUUUUGUUUUUCAAAGGAAGAUAAUUUUCAUAAAGUCUCUUAAGAAUCUUUGAUGUGGGUUAGAGGUAAGCUGCUAUUAUCACCAAUAAGAGUGUAGCAUUAUUUCAUACCUUACAGCUAUCUGGUGGGUUACAUUUAGCCCUUAGCAUAGUGCCUGUCACAUAGUAGGUGCUUAUUAAAAUGCUCAUGACUUGACUUAGUCAAGUAUAGUCAAUAUAAAUCAGGAAAUACAAGAAGCAAGAAAAUCUGUGACAUUAGGACCAGUAAUGAGGGACUAUAUGAGGCAGAUUUUGUUUUAAUAUGACAAAAGGAGACAUUUACAAGUAGAAUGGACUGCCUGUGAGUGUAUUCAAGCAGAAAAUUAAUAAUCAUGCAUCAGACUUAACAUGAGAAAAAAUAUCCUUUACAUUAUUUUGGCACCGGCUCAAAAAAAUAUUGUCUGCUUUUAUCUUCAAAUUUUAUUUUUAGAAUAAGAGAUUUAGCACUGCAAAAGUUUUUAUGAAACCAUCUAGUCCAAUCCCCAUCAUCUAAUAGUUGAGGAAACAGGAAGUUCUAUGACUUCCUAUGAUCAAGAUCACACAAGUUGUAGUUAAUUAUAGGCAGGAUUUGAAUGUCAGUAAUCUGAUUUAAGGGCUUUGGGAGUAUUCUUGUAUCUUGUGCUGCCUAUAGACAAAAGACAAGAUCCCUAAUGAUAGAUGGCUCUUUAUUAAAUAAAUGUUAGAUACAGAAUUAGUACCACUAUGCUUCACUACUAUCAAAGCAGUUUUAUUACAUCAUACUCUUUCCCAUGUUAUUAAUAAAAAUGUCUAUCCAAAAAGGAGAAAAAUUAUGUAAGCAAAUACAUUAGAAAAGAGAUGGCUGGUAUUGCAUCCAGUUCUAUAAAAUGAUCAAUUCAAAAUUAGGUAACUAGGUAAAAGCAACCUGACAUAGUGGAAAGAGAGCUAGGUUUGGAACUUGGUAUUGAUCUUGGGCAAAUUGCAUAUGGGAUCUAUUUUUCUUAUCUACAAAAUGGGAGGAAAAUGAAAAGUAUUUUACUGAAUGAUCCUGAUAUCUUCUGUCACAAACUUUAUGUCUAUAUAUUUACUAUCAUGUUUUCUUCACUGAUGAAAAAACUAUUUCUUAAUAAACCAAGAGACAUAGGAAUUAGGAAAAUUUGUGGGGCUAAGACCAGUAAGGAGUAAAUACAUGAGGCAGAUUUUGACCUAAUAUAAAAAAAAUUAUGACAAUUGGAGAUGUUUACAUAUAAUGGCCUUUCAUAAUAGUGCCUCUGUUACUAGGAGUGUUCAAGUAGAAACUUGGUAGUGUGUUGGAAAUAUCUGCACCAAAUCAUUGGAAUUAAAUGACAGAAAGCCCCUUCAAUUCUGAGAAUCUGAUUUUAUGAAAUGAACAGAUUCUUUUUUAAAAAAUAGUCAUUGUUCUGGAAAAUUUCAUUUUCAAAAUUUUUUUUAUUGUGAAGUAACCUUUUGAUUUUGACCAUGCUCUUGAUCUAUUUUAUUUAAGCACUGAAACAAAUAAAAAGCUAGCAGUUGACAAAAUACACAGAUCUAUUUCAUAGACAUUAAGUGAAAUAGAGAUUGAAGAAUUCAGCUAAUUACCUCAGUGCUUCAUGAUCAAUAGCUUAAAUUCAAUAUUAUCUGUCUGGUCAAUUUAGCCCAACUAAAGACAGAAAAAGAAUUAAUCUAACUGUAAGAUAUUUUUGUAAGAUAUUGAAGAAACAUCCAAUUUUGCUAUCUGAUAAAAUAAAACAAAAAAACUUCCCAAUCAUUUAUGUUUAACUUUAUCCUUUUCCCCAUUCUUAUAUUUUCAAAUAUUCAGUAUCUAUAUUCUGUAAAAUCAAAAUUUCAACAUUAAUGUUUUACUUUUUACCACCUUCAUAAUGUUUUUAAAGUAGGGAAAAAUUUCUUGCUUAGAUUUUUUUUCUCUCAGGCAUGUGAUCAAUGGAUCCCUGCAUAUGUUGUUCUGCAGAUUCAUAGUGCUGCUGUGCCUUCUAUCUGAGCUAUUCAAAGUAUUCGUGGCUUUUAAGUAGGAUAGGAUGGGGGAACUACUGACAAACAAAACCAUGGUCAAACUGUAAACAUUCCUGUAGCAUUUAAAAAUCUGGAUUAUGCUAAAGUCUCAUUAAUGCAGGAUAUGUAUUUUAUUCUGGUCCAAAAGAUUUUAUCCUCCUAGGAGAGGAAUCAGAAAUGAUUCCCAGAAAUUGUUCUGGGCUGUGAUUUGUGGUAGAAGCCCAUCUGAACAGUAUAAUAUUUUUCCAAGGCAGGGUGGGAAAAAGGAAAUCUUAGUGAAAUUGUGAGCUUUUGUUACAGUAUUGUGGAGUUUUGUUGCCUAAAAGUUUUCCUUGGUUCUCAUGGAUAGUUUUUUUCUUCCAAAAUGUAACUGACAUUAGGGAGAAGUCUUCUAUAAAUCUCUCUAAUGCUAAGGUUUAAUAACUUGUUAUUAGCCUGCAUGUGAAAUUUCCCAAUAAUUUAUGUGCAUUAAUGUGUAUUUUUUUUUAAAGUGGAGGAUGUUUAAUGGUGCUACAAUAAAAAUGUAUUUUUUAAAAUAAAAACAGAA